GAAAACUCUGAAAUAAAAUAUUUUAUUAGAUACCUGUCAUCUUACUUUGAAAAUGCUGCAGCCUAUAAUGCAUAUUCUCAACUCUCAAAGAAUAGUUUUAGCCAGCGGUUCUCCACGCAGAAAACAAAUUUUGGAGAAUGUGGGCAUUACGGUUGAGGUCAUUCCUUCAACAUUUGAGGAAAAACUAGAGAAAGGUAAUUUUCAAGGGCCUGCUCAAUACGUCAUGGAAACAGCUUUGCAGAAAACCUUGCAAGUGGUGCAGGCAACUGACAAAGACAAACAUCCACCGGAUUUGACAAUAGGUGCAGACACAGUUGUAACAAUGGACAAUAAAAUUUUUGAAAAACCAAGAGAUAAAGAGGAUGCCUUCCAAAUGCUUAGCAGCUUCAGUGGCAGAAGUCACACUGUCUACACUGGUGUGGUUCUUGUUACCAAUUCCAGGAAUGUGUGGUCUGGUGAUGGGAUCAAUCAUCAUAAAAUACACCAAUUUUAUGAGUCCACGGAGGUUUUCAUGGCACCUGUGACUUCAGAAAUUAUUAAGGCAUACAUUGAGACUGGAGAACCCAUGGACAAGGCUGGAGGCUAUGGAAUCCAAGCUCUUGGGGGAACACUUGUUGAAAAAGUUCAUGGAGACUUUUUCAAUGUCAUGGGCUUUCCCCUGUCGAGGUUUGCACAAGAACUGUUAAGACUGUACCAAAUUAAUUUAUCCUGAUAUCACGCCAAGAUUUUGUGGUUGGUGAAAUAAGGCACAAAUCAUGGAGAAAUUCAAAAAGGCACAGAAAUCAGAAGCAAACAAAAUGCUUUAUUGAAUACCAUUCAGUUACAGAACCAAUGAAGGGGAGGAAAAAGACAUUAAAAAUGAUUUUUGACAAUCCAAGGAUCAUUCAAAGCAUACAUUUAACAUGGAAACCUCAAUCAAAUCAAUAUAUUUUAACCGAAAAAAAGAGAUCAAAUUCACUCUAAAGGGCAACCUAAUUUCUCAGUAUAUUUUGUAUUGCAAUUGUUUUGGUUUCAUAUAUAGUUAGCAAUACAGGAAUGGGAGGUAACAAAGUAGGACGUGGGCCAGACACGAAAUAAUCAUGUAACUACAGAAAAUACAAAGAUAUGAAAAUAGUGUUGUGCAGAUAAAACUCUUUCUAGAUCUCUUAGUCAAAGCAUCUUUGUCAGAUCAUUCAGGAAAACAUCACAAAGUUGCGGUACUGUGUAGCAGAAGUACAUGUGCAUACAUACUACUGGGACAUAGUGGCAGCAAUGAGAAAAAAGAUGAGAUCUUGCAUGAUAUCGCAAACCCCCUUUUUUAGGGUUGGGGGAAGGGGAGAAUAAAUAAUGGUUAGGAAUUUUAAAGGGAGGAAAUCUGACAGCAGUUACAUGGUGUUUAUUUAAAAAGACUGAAUGUGACAGCAAGUGAAGCAUAAAAUACCUAGUACCUUAAAGAGCUGAAGUAGUGUAUAAAGUUUUACACUUGAGAUUUGUGAAAAUAAAAAUGUUGGCAACUGCAACAAUAAGACAAAGGGUAACUGUCUAAUAAAGGUGCUAAUUUAAAAAAAAA